CCGACACCCCAUCCGCUAAUUCAGGCUCUGGGGCCGCCGGAAGCGGAAACUGCAAACCGGUGACCCCUGACCCGGCGCGCGGGAGACGGAGUGAGCGAGGAGGGAUAGGAGGAGGAGGAUCAGCGAGCGAUGGCGCUGGUCCAGGCUGACCCCGCUCAGCUGGUGGUUGGCGGUGGUGCGGGCGGCCCCGGGCACGUGUCCCUCAGCCUCCUCAUGGACUUCCUGCUCCAGAAGACUUACCACGAGCUGCUGGUGCUAGCAGAGCUACUCCCACGCAAGACCGACAUGGAGAGGAAGAUGGAGAUCGUGCAGUUUGCGACGCGCACGCGACAGCUGUUCGUGCGUCUCCUGGCGCUCGUCAAGUGGGCAGGGAACGCGGGCAAGGUCGACAAGUGUGCGCUGAUCUCCGGCUUCCUGGAGCAAGGCACGCUGCUGUUUGUGGAUUCUGCGGAUCGGCUGGCGGCGCUGGCGCGCGAUGCGCUCGUUCACGCGCGCCUCCCCGCCUUCUCCAUCCACUGCGCCAUCGACACGCUCACCACGGGCACCUACCCACGCCUCCCCACCUGCAUCCGGGAUAAGAUCAUCCCGCCGGACCCGAUCACCCGAGCGGAGAAGUUGUCAACUCUGGUGCACCUCAACCACAUCCUGCAGCACCGACUCAUCAGCACUCACCUGCCUCCACGCCUUGCCUCACUCACCGUGGAGCGGGGCCGGGUGAGGCUGUGCGUGGACGGUGAGUUUGAGGCGGUCCUGACCGUCAUGGGGGACGAUCCGGACAUCCCCUGGAGACUCCUCAAGCUGCGCAUCCUGGUGCAGGACAGAGACACGGGUGACGGUCGUGCGCUGGUGCACGCGGUCCAGGUGGACUUUCUGCACCAGCUGGUGCAGAGCCGCCUCUUCUGUGACGAGCGCCCUCUGCAGGACAUGUACAGCUGCCUGCACUCGUUCUGCCUCUCACUGCAGCUGGAGGUACUUCACUCGCAGGCUCGGUCGCUGAUCCGCGAGCGCUGGGGCGAGCUGGUGCUGGUGGAGCACUACUUACCAGGACAUAGCCUCACGCUGUUAGUGUGGAAUCAACAGAUCCUGGCCCGCCGUUCUGGCUCCGCCCCCGUGUACAAGGUGCUGGUGCAGAUCGACCAAUCGGACGCCUCCAAGCCCCUGCAGGUGUCACAUGACCCCCCACUGCCGCCUAUCGACAACCACCUGGUUCAGAGGGCGAUGCAGAUUGGCCACCUGUCUCUGGAGAAGCUGCUGAUUGACAGCGUCCACGCUCGCGCUCACCAGAAGCUGCAAGAGCUGAAGACCCUGCUCAGGGCACACAACCCCAACGAGAACUCGUUUGUGGAGCUGGCAGUGCCCACGCUGGUGGUGCCGGUGCUGGAACCCUGCGGGCGCUCCGAGUGCCUCCACCUCUUCGUGGACCUGCACUCGGGAGCCUUCCAGCCACUUCUCUAUGGCCUGGAAUCCUCUGUCCUGGACGAUCUGGAGAAGUCGAUCAAUGAGGACAUGAGGAGGCUCCCGGCCUGGCUGUCUUCACUCCGCUUCUGGCUAGGUGUGCAGCGCUGCAAGCAGUCUGUGAAGCACCUUCCAACGCUGUGCACGGAGACGCUGGCGCUGAGCAACGCGGCCACUCACCCAGUGAGCAGCCUGUCUGCUCACCGCCUCUACAUCCGCCUCACCCGCCUGCCGCAGCACUACAUCGUGGUGGAGCUGCUUGAGAAGCCCGGCUGCCCUACGGAGCUCUGCUACCGCUUCCACCUGCUGGUGGUGAGCGGCGCUGGCGGGGGCGGUGGCGGGGGGGGUGAGGCGGAGGGUGGGGGCGGUGGCUCGGGACCCCCCACGGCCCCCCUCACCGCUCUGCUGCUGCGCUCUUUCAAGCCGGACCUCGAGGAGCUCUACCUGCUGCUGGACCCGCGGACUGGCAGCAGCGGCGGCGGCGGCGGUGGCAGCCGGGUCCCUGGGAAGCGCAAGGCCUCCUCUGCCCCCGCGGCUGCAGCGACGGUGACGGGUGGCGCUGCACCAGCACCCGACGCCAAGCGGCCGCGCCUGUCGGGCGAGCCCAGUGCCCACAACCGGGAGCUGGCACACCUGGUGGCCGUGUGUGACAGCAGCCUGCCCUUCGUCUGCAUGCGCCACGAGCUGUCCGCUAUGGACAUCCCGCACCAGGGGCUACAGGUGGAGGGAGACAACACCACCCUGGCCAUACGGCUCCUGAAGAUCCCGCCGUGCAUGGAGGUGGGCGUGGAGGCGUGCGGCGAGCUGGAGCGCUCCCUGCUGGACUGCACCAUGCGGUUGCAGGGCCGCAACAAUCGCACCUGGCUGGUGGAGCUGGCAUUCACAGGCUGCCCCGUGCACAGCACCUCACCCAGAGAGCAGGGCCCCGUGCGCCGCGUCUACCUCACCUACGAGAGCCCCCCGGCACAGCCGGCCGGGAGCCGCCGGGUCCUCCACGCGUUCCUGGACGACUGGCGCUCCAUCUCACGCCUCUACAGCUGCGUGCUCGACUUCUCUCACACGCUGCACGAGACGACUGUUCACUUCAGCCAGUUUGCGGAGGUGCGCACCUACACCUACAAGAAGCUGGUGCUGUGUUACGGACCCAACAAGGGCAGCUCGAUCAGCGUGCAGUGGCUGCCCACUGCCCACAAGUUCCAGCUGGCGCUGGGCACC